GCACCGAACGCAAUCUGAUCACUCGCGUUUGUACCUUCUAUCGAUCGUAAUCUGAUCAGGCAUGUUUUAACCUUCUAUCACGGGAAACUUGCGCAAAGCACAGUGCUGGAGCAAGAGCGUCGGAGUGCCAGCACUCAGUAACCUUUCAGCGUAUUCGAAAACCGACGCAAAUGAGAAGCCGGCGAUUUUAAAAACUCCAGUCUGGGGAAAGUCUUGAAAACCUGCGCUAUUGAUACCCGAAAACGCCGUAAAGGUGUUGACGGCAGGAAGGCUAAAAAGAACAAAAAAAUCUCCGUUUUCAAAAAUAUCCGGAUACGAGUGGAAGGUGCCUAACUUGCUCAUUCACUGCUGACCCAAGCCCAUUUUCAUUGUAACUCGAUACUUAUGUAAUCAGGAAUGUCCAAGAACUGGUGGUCUGGACUUAGUCUUCUUCACAAUUUAUUCACAAGAGAGCACAACAGCAUUUGUGACAUGCUGAUGAAGAAUCGCCCAGCUUGGAAAGGUCAAGAUGAACGACUCUUCCAAACCGCAAGGUACGACAAAACUUUACACGUCUUUUUUCUUUAAUCAGACAAAAUAUUUCCGAAAUGCGUCAUUGUGUCUUCAGGGAUACGAUAAAUAUCAUCGCGCUGCUUGAGUUAAAUUCUCAGGUUUUAUUGUAAAUGCUGAGGGAGGAGGCAGCGCAUGAAUUUGAAGUAAUAAUAUAAUAAUAAUAAUAAUUAACUUUAUUUAUAUAGCGUUCAUAUCCUGAGCUCAUGUUGCUUUACAAUGUAAAAAAGGGGAAAAUGAAGUAAUUUACAUAUCACAAAAAAUAUUAAAAAUCUAUUUACAAUCAUUAUAUUACAGGUCUUAAUCAUAAAGUUUACAAAAACAAUGACCCACUCUCUAAAAAUUGCCUAAAUAAGAUAUGUUUUUAAUUCUCUCUUAAAACCAGUUAAAGAAGGUGACUUACGCAAAUGUAAUGGUAGUGAAUUCCGCAGUCUAGGGGCACACUCUGAAACAGCCCUGUCCCCGUAAGUUUUCGUGAUUGAUCGAGGUUGGUCUCUAGUAAGAUAAUGGGGUCAUUUUUUGUUUAAUCUCUGCAUAAAAACUGGGGAAACAGUGUGAUAUGGAAUUGAAAUCAUCUGCUCUUCUUUCAAGUACCGGUAUUAGGGAGCUUAAGAAAAACGACGGCCAAGGGUACGAAAACGUCACUUAAAGAGUUUCAUGUCCAAUUCGUCAAAUGUUGGCAAAUUUUUAGGAAUUGAAUUCUAAAGGACUGAAUCAAAGUUCAGGAAAAGUAAAGGAAAGUUGUUCUUGUGUUCCUGUCCUCGACAAAUCGUUAAAUUAGGCAGUUUCACGUCGUAGUCGUGCAGUUACCGCAACGAAAUGUACAAAAAAGUGUGACUAUGCACGUGCAAAGUUGUUGUUUUAGCAAUCUAAACAUAUCCAGGGCUUUUUUGCCGUUCUCGUUGACGUCGCCGUCGUCGUUGCUUAAGCUCCCUAUAAGCUGGUAUUCCCCACUCCGGAAACCAGAGGGGCAAUGGGUACAAGCUUUCGGCUCAAUGAUUUCUGGGAUGUAUUGGGUGGACAAUUGUUACUCAUAUUUGGCUAAUUGUUGCCUUGAAUACCAUCGACCAAUCAUAUCUAACGCUUGUCCUCCCAAACUACCCCAGAAAUCACAGCGCCCAAAGCUUGUACCCAUUCUCCCACACGUAACAGUAUAUGAUAGUCCUUAAGUGCACGUUAGCAAUGGGAUAAGAGGGAUUACAAGUUUUUGGAAAGAUGGCGUCGUUUUGCUUUUUGCAAGUCGCGCGUUGAUUGGUUGAAAUUUGAUGAGCUGUCAAAUGGAGAUCAGCAGGCAUGUGUAAUUCAUUAUUUGUCCUAAUUGCAGGUAAUAAAUUGAAAGUUCGUCGCACCGAACCAGACCCUUGUGAAGACAAAAACGAUGCAGUACCACCGGCGUUCCAGAAUCACGUGACACAUUGGUGGGACGGCUCACAGCUGUAUGGCAGCGAUAGAAAAACUCACGACCGCGUCAGAUCAUUUGUUGACGGCAAAUUAAAGGUUGAUGACAAAGGCUUUCUUCCCUUGGAUCCAAAGUCCAACAUUGACAUAACUGGUAAUGGAGCUGUUUAUAACGUUAAUUAAAUCAAGCUGAAGAGUAGAGCGGGAUCAAGGGGGGAUAGGUUACCAAAUUUCCCGCUUCCUAUACCUUGCACUCUUAUCUUCCAUCCUUUUUUCAUGGAUUCUUCUGUUUAGAUCUUUUUUCGAUGCGAAAUAUUAAGUGGUUUUCCCCAAUAGCACAAUCGAACCUCCACAAACGACCACUUCACUACAACGGCCACUUUUUUCGGCCCGGCGGACAGUCUAUACAUUGACUCUUGCUUAACCCUUUCUACAACGGCCACCUCUCUACAACGGCAACGGCCACUACAGCGCGACCCCAACUGCCUAAACCUCUCGACAACGGCCAGUUUCGUCACUCAAUUUGAUCAGUAUGGCGCGCUGAUGAUCGACGCAAUCGUUUUGAUUCCGUUCCAUUUAACACUGCGGCACCGAAGCAUGAAUCAUGUACAAUAUAUACUUUAAGCAAAUGUUGCGAGCCUUGCUCGUUUGGCCAUGUUAACGAUUUGAUUCAAAAAAUUAAUUAUAAUCUAAGUCUUUUGUGUGUAUUUUAGCUCUAUAUAUCAUUUUUAUGUUUGGAUAGCCAUUAUGAAACACAUGAACUUGGCACAAUAAACAUGUUUUACUCCCCUAAAAACAUUUGUCAAAUUACACCCCUUCCUCCCCAUACUCGGCCACUUUCUUCUGUCCCCAAGGUGGCCAUUGUGGAGAGGUUCGACUAUAGCUAAUGCAUGAUUUAACUGGUUCUAAGAAACCGACGACGACCAAACCGAAACGAACUUUUGUGUUUUGCAAAAUGUUUGGAUUCCUUGAAUAACUGAGUCCCUGUCCACACGUAUCCCAAUAUUUUUUAAUAUGGAGAUCUUUUUCUUCAUUCACAAAAAAAUACCUGUCCACACGUAGCGUAUUUCAAUCGUUUUCGCCCGUCUACAUGAAAACGCUAAGAUGAUGGAAACAUGAUAGCAGCCCUUACUGAACAUGCGCAAUUGCGAGGGCAUGAGGAGCCCCAGUCCUAAUCUCCGGGUUGUUAUUACGCAUGCACGUCACGUAUGUAGCCAGCCUCGUUUGGACUUCCACUAAGAAUAAAUGGAAAGCACCGAACGCAAUCUGAUCACUCGCGUUUGUACCUUCUAUCGAUCGUAAUCUGAUCAGGCAUGUUUUAACCUUCUAUCACGGGAAACUUGCGCAAAGCACAGUGCUGGAGCAAGAGCGUCGGAGUGCCAGCACUCAGUAACCUUUCAGCGUAUUCGAAAACCGACGCAAAUGAGAAGCCGGCGAUUUUAAAAACUCCAGUCUGGGGAAAGUCUUGAAAACCUGCGCUAUUGAUACCCGAAAACGCCGUAAAGGUGUUGACGGCAGGAAGGCUAAAAAGAACAAAAAAAUCUCCGUUUUCAAAAAUAUCCGGAUACGAGUGGAAGGUGCCUAACUUGCUCAUUCACUGCUGACCCAAGCCCAUUUUCAUUGUAACUCGAUACUUAUGUAAUCAGGAAUGUCCAAGAACUGGUGGUCUGGACUUAGUCUUCUUCACAAUUUAUUCACAAGAGAGCACAACAGCAUUUGUGACAUGCUGAUGAAGAAUCGCCCAGCUUGGAAAGGUCAAGAUGAACGACUCUUCCAAACCGCAAGGUACGACAAAACUUUACACGUCUUUUUUCUUUAAUCAGACAAAAUAUUUCCGAAAUGCGUCAUUGUGUCUUCAGGGAUACGAUAAAUAUCAUCGCGCUGCUUGAGUUAAAUUCUCAGGUUUUAUUGUAAAUGCUGAGGGAGGAGGCAGCGCAUGAAUUUGAAGUAAUAAUAUAAUAAUAAUAAUAAUUAACUUUAUUUAUAUAGCGUUCAUAUCCUGAGCUCAUGUUGCUUUACAAUGUAAAAAAGGGGAAAAUGAAGUAAUUUACAUAUCACAAAAAAUAUUAAAAAUCUAUUUACAAUCAUUAUAUUACAGGUCUUAAUCAUAAAGUUUACAAAAACAAUGACCCACUCUCUAAAAAUUGCCUAAAUAAGAUAUGUUUUUAAUUCUCUCUUAAAACCAGUUAAAGAAGGUGACUUACGCAAAUGUAAUGGUAGUGAAUUCCGCAGUCUAGGGGCACACUCUGAAACAGCCCUGUCCCCGUAAGUUUUCGUGAUUGAUCGAGGUUGGUCUCUAGUAAGAUAAUGGGGUCAUUUUUUGUUUAAUCUCUGCAUAAAAACUGGGGAAACAGUGUGAUAUGGAAUUGAAAUCAUCUGCUCUUCUUUCAAGUACCGGUAUUAGGGAGCUUAAGAAAAACGACGGCCAAGGGUACGAAAACGUCACUUAAAGAGUUUCAUGUCCAAUUCGUCAAAUGUUGGCAAAUUUUUAGGAAUUGAAUUCUAAAGGACUGAAUCAAAGUUCAGGAAAAGUAAAGGAAAGUUGUUCUUGUGUUCCUGUCCUCGACAAAUCGUUAAAUUAGGCAGUUUCACGUCGUAGUCGUGCAGUUACCGCAACGAAAUGUACAAAAAAGUGUGACUAUGCACGUGCAAAGUUGUUGUUUUAGCAAUCUAAACAUAUCCAGGGCUUUUUUGCCGUUCUCGUUGACGUCGCCGUCGUCGUUGCUUAAGCUCCCUAUAAGCUGGUAUUCCCCACUCCGGAAACCAGAGGGGCAAUGGGUACAAGCUUUCGGCUCAAUGAUUUCUGGGAUGUAUUGGGUGGACAAUUGUUACUCAUAUUUGGCUAAUUGUUGCCUUGAAUACCAUCGACCAAUCAUAUCUAACGCUUGUCCUCCCAAACUACCCCAGAAAUCACAGCGCCCAAAGCUUGUACCCAUUCUCCCACACGUAACAGUAUAUGAUAGUCCUUAAGUGCACGUUAGCAAUGGGAUAAGAGGGAUUACAAGUUUUUAGCGACGCACGUCAGCCGAAAAUGGAUGUUUUGCAUUGUUGCCCAUAUUUUCGCGCAAAUCGUCUGUAUACGAGUAAUUAACAAGUAUUGGACGAGGUUGAGCAAAAUAUCGUGAUUUGUCAGUGGCGAGCAGAUCAAUUAUUUGCUGAAGCCGAAGGAUGAGACAAAUAAUUGAUGUGCGAGACACUGUCAAAUCACGAUAUUUUGUGAUAACCGAGUUCAAUAACUGUUUUAUCAUUCGAUCUCCAAGUUUGUUUUUUAAUGAAUAUCUUCGGGAAGCGAAGCGAUCUGCCUUUUUUCACGCAAGAACGUAUCACGCGUGGUUUCGUUUACGCAUAAGCAGAACAUUAUUUGCAGCCAUACACAGUUGGACGACAUUGCGCAUGAGCAGACCAUUAUUUGUAGGCAGUUAUUUGCAGGUCACGUGGUAGACUUUCAGCCAAUGAAAAGGAAGAAAACAUUUGCAUCGAAUGAUAAAGAUACUUAUUUGGCACACUUUCGGUCGACGUGCGUCGUCCAAAAACGUCUUUGCUUAAGCUCUCUAAUUUAAGAACGCACCCUGAGACCAGCCUUUACUGAUUGCAUAUAAAAUACCAUCUAUAUGACAGGCUCAUUAACACGGCUCAGAUUGUCCAGAUUCAUACUCUGGAAUGGACUGGUGCAAUACUGAAUACGGAUUUCAUUAACGAGUCACUGAUAGGACAGUGGUACGGCAAGCUGAGUCCUCGAGUGAUAAAAAUGCUUAAAGAAAUGAAUAUUACUCUUGGAUCGAACAGUUUUCCAUCGCACCAAAAGAACCCGCCCGACUACAGAGGUGUUCCAUUUUCCUUGACUGAAGAAUUCGUGGCUGUUUACCGAAUGCAUUCGUUAUUACCUGAUUAUCUUAAUAUUCGCCGAAUGAAAACAGGUAAAAGUGAUGCCUUUAAAUAUACUGUUGCCUUUUAACCCUUUCACUGCCAAAUGUGGCCAAAGGCAAAUUUCGACCAAAAUCCAAAUUUCACCUUCUAAAAUUUUGACAAACAAAUAGCAUCAUGUGAAAGUACAGGCAGAGAGCUUUCAUUUGAAUGGUCAUAUCAUAGGAUUUCGUCCACAGACGCAAAAGUUAGAGUCACCUUACAAAACUCCAUCAAGCGCUCUGGCAGUGAAAGGGUUAAAUAAAUACGUGGCAAAACACGUUCUGCUGCCGUAACUCCCACGCAGUAACGGUGUAACUUAAGAUAUGUAAUGUUUUUCUGGCCAAUCAAAAGCAAGGAAUUCAAAUGAUCCAAAUGCUUCUCUGGGUUGCAAAAAAAGAAUGCAGUGAUUUUGCUGGGAAUAUUCCUACCUCUAAAGCUUCUUCUAGGUUCUUCAAGGAUGCUCACAUUAAAAACUGUUUUAAAUGUGGCGUUAAGUUUGUAAACCGGCUCGUUUGCAUUCUGGCUGAAAAAAGCCAACUACGAUUUGUAAAUAGGAUCGAUGAUUUUUUGAAUAAAUCCCUUUCUAAGAUGCCCAGCUGGCUAAAAUGUUAUAAUUAUAAAUAAAUUUAAGACCGCUACAUAAUUUUGUAACGCCUCUAUCUUUGUCUUUAUAUGAAAAAUCGUUCCCUCAGGUCAAUUAAAAGGAAAGAAAUACAGCCUGCCGAAAUACUCUUUUGGAAAUGCACGAAAAGUGUUCGAUGAGAACGAGUUAGACGACAUUCUCUACACUUUCGGAGUGGAAAAAGCGGGUCAGCUUGUUUUACACAACUAUCCCAACGAACUGAUGAAACUUAAAAUACCAAAGUACCAAGGAGGAGAGGUAACUGAAACGCAAGUAAUUGCGCAUUACGAAUCAAGCGUGAGGUGAAAAUGCCAGUUAAUGUGGGUUCUGUUCUUUUAUAGCUUUUAUUCAGUAGAACGAAACGUCGUAGUCGUGGUCCAUAAAAACGCAGUAAACUGCAAUGCUAAUAUUUAGCUAGUCGGAGAAAACAGCCGAUAUUAAGCGACGCCGCCACUGGUUUCUCCGCGAAAUGACGUCCGAGGAACGUACACAGAUCCUAAAUUUGCUUUAUACCAAUAAGAAGUGCUUCCCAGACGUUGGAAAUCAUACGUCAUCAGUGUGGAAUUUCUGCAUUCGGUUCUCACCCGUCAUUUCCAAGGGAAACCAGUGAUGGCGUCUCCUGUUUUCUCAGACUAAUUUUCUGCUCCUUGACAGAACAGCCUUGGAUUUUAUUAUUAACUGAAAACUAGGCAGGCAACUAGGACAUUUUACAACAAAUGUUCCGAAAAUUCUAGAUCUCAAAUCGUCUUCCGAACAGAUAUUUUCCGAAGAUUGACGUUGGGUGCCCCUGAGUUUUGGUUGCUUAUUAGCUCCUCAAACUGUCGCAAAUAGACAGAACGGUCUCGAAGUCAACAGAGUAAAAUGGAGGAACAAAAACUUGUCUUGACCAGUAACUGACAGUGUCAAUCAAACGUUGAUGUUAUGAUAACGUCAAUGACCUCGUACCUAAUUUAACCCUGCUUAUAAAUUUUCUUUCAGCUUGUCGAUUUAGCGACCAUUGACAUUUUAAGAGAUCGUGAGAGAGGAGUUCCACGGUACAACCAAUUUAGACGCCUGCUUAACUUAACAGUACNUGAAAAUGCCAGUUAAUGUGGGUUCUGUUCUUUUAUAGCUUUUAUUCAGUAGAACGAAACGUCGUAGUCGUGGUCCAUAAAAACGCAGUAAACUGCAAUGCUAAUAUUUAGCUAGUCGGAGAAAACAGCCGAUAUUAAGCGACGCCGCCACUGGUUUCUCCGCGAAAUGACGUCCGAGGAACGUACACAGAUCCUAAAUUUGCUUUAUACCAAUAAGAAGUGCUUCCCAGACGUUGGAAAUCAUACGUCAUCAGUGUGGAAUUUCUGCAUUCGGUUCUCACCCGUCAUUUCCAAGGGAAACCAGUGAUGGCGUCUCCUGUUUUCUCAGACUAAUUUUCUGCUCCUUGACAGAACAGCCUUGGAUUUUAUUAUUAACUGAAAACUAGGCAGGCAACUAGGACAUUUUACAACAAAUGUUCCGAAAAUUCUAGAUCUCAAAUCGUCUUCCGAACAGAUAUUUUCCGAAGAUUGACGUUGGGUGCCCCUGAGUUUUGGUUGCUUAUUAGCUCCUCAAACUGUCGCAAAUAGACAGAACGGUCUCGAAGUCAACAGAGUAAAAUGGAGGAACAAAAACUUGUCUUGACCAGUAACUGACAGUGUCAAUCAAACGUUGAUGUUAUGAUAACGUCAAUGACCUCGUACCUAAUUUAACCCUGCUUAUAAAUUUUCUUUCAGCUUGUCGAUUUAGCGACCAUUGACAUUUUAAGAGAUCGUGAGAGAGGAGUUCCACGGUACAACCAAUUUAGACGCCUGCUUAACUUAACAGUACCAGACACUUUUGAGAAGCUAACGAAUGACACAGCGACUGCAGCAGAACUCAGACAAGCGUAUAAUGGUAAAAUCGAAGAUGUGGACCUCCUGAUUGGCUCCUUAGCGGAGGCUCGUCCCGAGGGAUUCGGGUUUGGUGAUACACCGUUUCAUCUCUUCUUGUGCAUGGCCAACCGCCGGCUCAGAACCGAUAGGUACGGUUUGAAUUAAUGUAAUAAUUCUAUUUUAAACUUCUGGUUAAAAUACUUGUUUUUCGUUUUUCUGUGUUCUUUUUCUUCCCAGCCAAGAUUUCGUUCAAUCAAAUAUGUUUCUAUAAGAUCGUGGUCAUUGGAGGGAACUGAAAAUUAAGUUAUGAAAGGAAUGAUUAGUAGUCAAAUAUUAGAUAGUCUCCCACCACAACAAGGUGCCUCUAAGCUUAUCAGGAGACUAACCGGUUAUAUGUGUACAUCUCCGUUUCGGAGAGAAAGUAAACAGGUGUUUAGAGUUUUCUCAAUAUGAGUUAGACUUUCUGAAUAGGUUAGCAAAUACGAACACAGAUUGUUGUCAAUUAUGCAGAUGGCAUUCUAUGCUAUCUUGCACUUACUGCUGGGGAUAUUUCACUUCAAUGGCCUUACCGACAAUUAAACCUAACCUGCGAGACAGACCUCUUUAAAUGCACUUAUAUUUUUUUCGAGAGAAAGCUCUUAAUCAUAAUUACCCCUCAAUACGGCCGAAAUAUCUCGAAGUUUUAAAGUAAUGAUAAGUCCUGCCUUUUCUAUGUCAGGCAUUUAGCCCAAGAUAAUUUGUUGCUAUCAGGAGAGUCGCGAUUACCCAUCGAUGAAAAAGUUUACCCAGCUAGCUCUGUGUCAUUUUGUGUUUUCUCAGAUUUUUGACGAUUGAUUACAAAGAAGAGUACUACACCAAAGAAGGAUUGAAAUGGGUUGAAGACUCCACCAUGAAGAAAGUUCUGCUGCGUAACUUUGAUAACGUGCCAGGACUAGACAAAGCCAUGAGGACAGUUACUAAUGCCUUUUUUGUAUGGAAUAAAUGA